CACGUGACUUCGCGGCUGGCUUCUGGCCGACUUUUCGUGGCAUCCGAGCGAAGGCAGACGCUCUCUGCGAUUUGUCAAAUCCACAAUGGCAAGAUGAGCACAAAAGCUUUUUGGAGACAUUAGCGGGGACCCUUAAGCACCGCAUCGACGGUCGACAGAGUGGACGACUCCUUUUACUGAGAUAAGCGACACCCAUGCUGAACUCGCUGACGGAAAGUUUUUAGAACCCGAGAGGUUGGGAGACACACUGCCAACAUGAUGUCCUCCAGCGAUGACGUUCGAGGGGAAGGGCCUUUGUUCUCUGAUCAAAACCCAUCCGAAUUGGAUGCUCUGUGUCCUUCCCCUCCAGGACCCUCAAGAACACAGCGUCACUACGAGAGGAUCGGCACGCAAACGGGAACCUCUUUCUGUCAGACUCUGAUCCACCUGCUGAAGGGCAACAUUGGCACCGGGCUGUUGGGUCUGCCCUUGGCGGUCAAGAAUGCAGGCCUGGUGUUGGGUCCACUCAGCCUGCUGUGCAUAGGCCUCAUUGCGGUGCACUGUAUGAGGGUGCUGGUCGACUGUUCCCACCACCUCAGUGCCAAGAUGAACAGGCAGUCUCUGACCUAUGGCGAGGCGGUCCAGUAUGGCAUGGAGAAUGUGUCGUGGCUCAGGAGACACUCGCACUGGGGAAAACGGAUAGUCAACUUGUUUCUUAUCAUAACCCAGCUUGGCUUCUGCUGCGUUUACUUUGUCUUCCUAAGUGACAAUGUCAAGCAGGUGGUGGAAGCGGCCAACGCCACAACCUUCAACUGCCAGGUGGACGGCGGCAACCAGACGCAGGUGCUGGUGCCCAGCUUUGACUCACGCCUCUACAUGCUUUGCUUCCUGCCUGCCUUCAUCCUGCUGGUCUUUACGCCCAACCUUAAGUACCUGGCGCCACUCUCGCUCAUCGCCAACUUGGUCAUGGCCGCCAGCCUGGUCCUCAUCUACUUUUACUCCAUCACGCACAUAAAAUUCCCCAUCGACCUUCCGAUGGUGGGCCGAGCCAAAAACUAUCCGCUCUUCUUCGGUACGGCCAUCUUCGCCUUUGAAGGGAUCGGAGUGGUCCUCCCACUUGAGAACAAGAUGCACAGGCCACAGAGUUUCUCCCUGGUCCUCUACCUGGGAAUGGGCAUCGUCACCUUCCUCUACAUCAGCCUGGGCACCAUCGGGUAUAUGUGCUUUGGCGCUGACAUCGGCGGCAGCAUCACCCUCAACCUGCCUAACUGCUGGACCUACCAGGCUGUCAAGCUGCUCUACUGCUUCGGCAUCUUUAUCACCUUCGCUCUGCAGUUUUACGUCCCUGCUGAGAUUCUUAUCCCAUCGGUCGUAGCCCGCGUGCCAGAGCAAUGGGAGAUGGCCGUCGACCUGCUGCUCCGCGCCAUCCUUGUCGUCUUCACAUGCGCCCUCGCCAUCUUGAUCCCGGAGCUGGACCUGGUCAUCUCGCUGGUGGGCUCAGUCAGCAGCAGCUUUCUGGCGCUUAUCUUCCCACCCAUCCUGCAAAUGCUCACCUUCCACAGCGAGGGUUUGGCGCCAGCGUCAGUCGCCAAAAACCUGGUCAUCAGCCUUGUUGGCUUGGUGGGCUUCCUGGCGGGCACGUACGUGGCCAUCGAGCAGAUCGUUGCCCGCAAUGCGCUCAAACAUGAGCUCCAGUAGCCACGGCGUUGAGACUUUUUAUUUUGGACGAGGUGUUUUUAUUCAUUAUCGCUGUGUCGUGCGUGUGUCCACCAUGGUGUAUGAUACUCAGUCCGUCAGGUAGGUGCUUGCUAUUUUUUUUUUUUUAAAUACAUUUUGAGUUUGUUGACAUUUGGUCAAGCUACCUCAGCAUGUUUUAUUUUGAAAUCUGCUGACAUGAUUGCUAAUACAUUUCAUUUUUAUUUACAGUUUUUACCAAGACCCAAUCAACAAAAUUGAAGUUGAUCUUUGAUUUUUUUUGCCUUAUGCAGUAAAAAAGCAUGGAAACAAUACUAUCCAUUACAAUAUAUCUUUAUUUAUUUAGGGCUUUCACAAAAUGUGUUGCCCUAACAUAGUGCUGUAUAGAACAUAAAAUAACAAUUGACUCGAACCAGUCACGUACAACAUUGGCAAUAAUACAAACAAUGGACAAUGGACAUAAAGAACGCAGAGGCCGUCAUUUUAGUGUGUAUUUUAACAUUAAACAUGUUGUGCUUUGAAUUCAUUAACAUGGGCGAGUUUGAAGUACUGUAGUUUCAACCAAUGGCCAUUUUGUUAACAGCACCUUUUUUUUCCCCUUAAUUGUACACAUAUGAAGCGAGCAUCUCCAGAAAUUUAAUUUCCACAAUGUCUAAAAAUGCACUUUAGAAAACCGUUGCAACUUCCACAUAUUGGAAAUUCAAACAGAAUGUUGAUCUCAUUGCCGUUCGACCAAAUGUAACGUUUUUUGCCAAUACACCUGUAAUGUUGUCUCUCUAGCUUCCCCACACUUAACUACACUGUUGGGUGAAGGUUUGGGUUGAGGUUAGGGUUAAGUGAUUAAGGGGUGGAUUGAGGAAUUAGGGUUCAAUUUAGCAGUCUGCAUUGAGGUUAAAAUUUAGCAUUAGGAUCUGGAGGUUUAGGUUACGAGUUAAACUUGAGAGGUUUAGAGGUUAGGGUUAAGAUGAGCGGUUGAAUGUUGAAGAUUUGGGGAAUUCAUCAGUGGUGAGGUUCAUAGUUGAAAUUGGGUUCAGUAGUUUUAGGACUAUAGGGCAUUUAGCAAACGUUGAGGGCAGGUGCAUAGAUAGGUUUUAAAGGGACAGUAAAGUGAAGAUUGUUCAUUUCUCACUAACGAGCCCAGUUUAAGGAAAAUGAAAAAAAAUGAGCAUUUUCUAUUUUAUCCAUUCAUUUUGGAGAAAUAAUGAAAUAACAAAUGCCUUUAAAAACGCCCACUUUUAAUGAGGAUUAGGGCCACACACCCCUUCCCUCCAUGUCUUGGUUGAUGAUGUGAUGGGUUUCCAAUCGAGAAAUUGAGAUUGUUUCCUUCUGUAACGUGGUCUGGCUGAUGUGUCAAA